AUGCGAAGUCUCACAAACCACAAUCCACAUACAGGUACGCCCCCCACGGGAACUGGGGCCUCCACGAGUGCCGUCAUGGAGGAAAACAGUGAAAUCGGCACGAAAGCACAAAGCAUUCCAAAGAAGUUCUACGUAUAUAAAACAAGAAUCCAAGGAGAAUCCAAAGUAGAAACCAAAGGGUACCAGAUACUCACAAGCGGAUAUCAAGAGAACAAGGGUAUCCAUGGAGUCGGAACUGCAAUAUCGAAAAGGAUAAACAGUUCUGUACAGUUAUGGAAAGCUGUGAGUGCAAGAGUCUGCAUGCUCAGACUAGAAGCUAAGCCCACACCUGUCACCAUUAUAUCAUGCUACGCUCCGACAGAAGAAGCCGAUUCAGCGACGAAAGACGACUUCUACCAAAGUCUCCAAGCCACGGUCGACGACACUCCAAAGGGAGACCUACUGCUGAUAGGAGGAGACAUGAACGCAAAGCUUGGUCAAGCGCAUAUAGCCGAAAGCACCUACAUUGAUAGGGCGGUCAAGCCAUCCCAACGGAACGAUAAUGGCGACCGCUUGGCCCUGAUCUCGGCAUCAAACGACCUAUGCAUAGCAAAUACCAUGUUCAGGAAAAAGAUUCACCAACAUCCUACAUGGUGCUCUAGAGACAGAAAAACAAGAAAUCAAAUCGACUUCCUAUUGAUUAGAAGAAGAUGGAGCACAUCGAUAAGUAACGCCCGCGUGAGAAAAGACGGGCUUCUCCUCGACAGUGACCAGCGAAUGCUUACGUGCGCCCUCAAGUCGAAGCUCAGAGUCUACAAGAAGACACAGAAAACGCAAAGGCUCAACCUUGAAGCCCUUCGAUACGCAACCAAGGAGACGGUGAACGCAAUCCAGACACGAGAAAAAAUUAAGAACAAGGGAGCAAACCAGAAAAAAGUCACAGACAAAAGAAAGCGCGUAAAGCAACUCAUACGAAGGGACAAGUGCAAAUACCUGGACGAAAAGACAGCCGAGAUUGAAUUAGCAAUUGAGAAAGGACACACACGAGAUAUGUACAGACUAAUCAACACGCAAAGCGGCAGCGGCGACAAAAAGACUAUCACAGAGUCUUUCAAGGAUGCAAACGGAAACAUGAUAACUAACACCAAGAGAAUAAUGGAGAGGUGGAAAGAGCACUACGAACAACUAUUGAGUACUGAAACCACGCCAUUGCUGCUCCCGGCCGCCCAGACGCUGCCACAAGCGUUAAACCAGGUUGACUCCAAGGCCCCGACCAAAAGGGAGAUUAGGGACGCCAUAGAAGGGCUACGGAUCCACCGCGCAGGUGGAUGUGAUGGCAUACCCUCUGAGCUCUACAAAGCAGGUGGAGAACCGGUCGUUGACCUUACGAAACUGCUACUGAUCCUGGAGCAACGAAACGAGUACAACAGAUCAACGGUCAUGGUGUUUAUCGACUUCAAAGCUGCUUUCGACAGCGUCAAGAGAGACGCCAUCUGGCAGCUUCUCGAGAAUCAAGGACUAUCAUGCAAACUACUUAACAUCAUAAAAACAAUGUACACGGACACCACAAGCUGCAUGAGAAAGAACGGCAUGCUUUCUGAUCUCUUCCCCGUUAACUCAGGGGGCAGAAACAGGGGAAUCUCGCUAGAAACAGUCAUCUCCGAUCUGGAUUAUGCAGAUGACAUCUGCUUACUAGAGGACAACGCCGAUGAUGCCCAAUCCCUACUAAACAGAGUAGUCGCCGCCACAAAAGAAGUCGGCCUUGUUGUCAAUGAUAUCAAGACCAAGUGCAUGUUUGCCCGAACGGACCCAGCGGUGAUGUACCUCGACUGCAACCCGCUCGAAAUCGCCACUGAGAUCGUCUACCUCGGAAAUUGGAUAUCGUCAAACGGCAACAUAGCAACAGAAGUGCAAAACAGGAUCGCACGCGCUACUGCCAACAGCUCUAGAUUAGCAAAAUUCUGGAAGAACAGGGGAACGACGAGAAACAUGAAGAACAAAGUAUACAACGCAUGCAGAAUAACAAUGGUCCAAUCACGUUCGGGAGUGGCAUGUAGUUUGACUUUGGAUGCAGUGCCUGGUGACUUGGAUCUGUACGUAUACUUGAACAUCGAGAUGGCCAAUGUUCAGUUGCAAUGGGUGUCCUUUGCUGCGAUGCCAAGUCGUACUUUAAAUCCGUUGAGUGUAGUGACUGUAGGCAGCAUGUCGGGUGAUGAAGCUGGGUUGAAGCAAUGA